AAAGCUCCGGGAAUGCAGUGAGGUAGCCCAUGAAGCAGUGAGAUUGAGCGAGAGCGAGAGAGAGAGAGAGAGCGAGGAAAAAAGAGAGAACGAAGGAGCGAGGGAGACGGAGCCGGCGAAAGAGAGAGGAGCAGCCCGGAGACCCUGCGGAACCGAGCGCCCCCCAAGUCACCGGCCCCGGGGACCCGGAAAGUCCCGAAGAGCGAGCAGACCCAGGUGUGUCCGGGUCGGAGCGAGAGGCCGAGCUAGGUGGCCAGGGAGGAAGGACAGCGGGGAGAGCCGCGUCCCCCCUCGCCCCCCCCCCGCCCCCGAAGAAGAAGCCGAGAAAAGCGGGCCGAGGAGAGACCAGGAAGCCGGACAGCCCGAACCGAGUUGGCAUCCGCCAACCUCCCGGGAGGGAGGAGUGGGCCCGGUCGCUGCCCCCUUGCCUGGAUGUGCACGAAGAUGGAGCAGCCCUUCUACCACGACGACUCGUAUCCGACUCCGGGCUACGUUGGGCGGGGACCGGGCGGCCUUGCCCUGCAGGACUACAAGCUGCUGAAACACAACCUGGCGCUGAAUCUCUCCGACCCCUACCGCGGCCUCAAGUCCCACCUGCAGCUCCGGGGCCAGGGCCCGCCCGCCGAAGACAGCGCCUACUUCGCCGCGCAGCAGCAGCAGCAGCAGCAGCAGCAGCAGCAGGACACCACCGGGGCCGGGGGCUCCCUGAAACUCGCCUCUCCGGAGCUCGAGCGCCUCAUCAUCCAGAACAGCAACGGGGUCAUCACCACCACGCCCACCCCCCCGGGCCAGUACUUCUAUCCGCGGGGCGUCACGGAGGAGCAGGAAGGCUUCGCCGACGGGUUCGUCAAGGCGCUGGACGACCUGCACAAGAUGAACCACGUGGGGCCCCCCAACGUGUCCAUCGGGGCCGGCGGGGCCGGGGGGCCGGCCCCCCCGGCGCCUCCGAGCAGCAGCGUCUACGGAGCCUCCUCCCUGCCCGAACCGCCACCCGUCUACACCAACCUCACCAGCUACAACCCCGUUGGGGGAGGUGCCGGGGGCAGCGGCGGCGGCGGCGGCGGCGGCUCCUCCAGCUACCCCACCGCCACCAUCAGCUACCUCCCCCACGCCCCGCCCUUCGCUGGGGGUCAUCCCGCCGGGGGGGCCCUGGGGCUGGGCCCGGGGGCUCACCCGGGCCGGGGGGGCCCCGCCGGCGGGCUGGCGAGCUUCAAGGAGGAGCCCCAGACGGUCCCCGAGGCGCAGAGCCGGGACGGCACGCCGCCCAUGUCCCCCAUCAAUAUGGAGGACCAGGAGCGCAUCAAGGUGGAACGCAAACGACUGCGCAACCGGCUGGCGGCCACCAAGUGCCGCAAGCGCAAACUGGAGCGCAUCGCCAGACUGGAGGACAAGGUGAAGAGUCUCAAGACGGAGAACGCCGGCCUGUCCAACACGGCCAGCCUGCUGCGGGAGCAGGUGGCGCAGCUCAAACAGAAGGUCAUGAACCACGUCAACAACGGCUGCCAGCUGCUGCUCACGGUCAAGAUGCAGAACUUCUGAGUCCCGGGGCCGCCAACGCGCGGAUUUGGCCCACGGAUUUGGCGCAGGCGCUCGCAUCCCCGCACCCACCCCCACCCCCCCCUCCCCAAAACGCCUCGAACGCACGGCUCCCCCUCUCCAUCCCUCCACCCACGGACCGUGCUGCGCGUUACUAUUUCCCGCAGUCCCUGAGCGCUCCGCGCCUCCCGGCGCCCCCUCAGCCCGCGGGCUGAGGGGGCCGGGUGGAACUGGAUUUAAGGAGCAACCCCCCCCAUCCUUCCCUCUCUCUCUUUCUCUCUUCCCUCCUUUACAACGUUUACACUCGGGGGUCGGCUCAGUCCCGGCCGCCCCUGUCCUGGGUAGGAAGGGAGGAGGCAGGGGAGGGACGAACCCCCCCGCCUCCUUGAUAUCAAGUGACUAACCUAUUUGCCUCUUUUGUAUUUUUUUUUUUCUGCUGGAAACAGACUCGAUUCAUAUUGAAUAUAAUAUAUUUGUGUAUUUAAAGAGAAGCGAUCUAGGCCACGUGCUGUGGAGCGGCACCGGUACUCACCCCGCCCCCUCCCGGGGGAGAGGGAAUGGGGGCGAGGGACCGAGGCCCUGGUCCCCAUCGCCCAGCUCCUUCCCUUUAUUCUCACUCCCUAGGUCCGUGUAUUGUCCCCUGUAUAAAAUCAAACGACUCCUGAUUUUUAAAGGUUAUUUUAAUUUUUUUUUUGUCGUUCUGACUUUUUAUCAAAUUUAUUUAA